CCCCUGACGAUCUCACGCAGAAAACAUUGUGCAGUGUUAUCUUUCUCGUGCAGCUAUGUCUUUGAAUUAUUAUUAACGUUUAAAUUGUCACAGAAUUUAUCGAGAGUUAAGUUGAUCAAUAAGUAACAGGUAUUGCAAUCAUAAAAUCACAGAAUUAACGAUGGCUGCGGGAAUGUUUGAAAUUCUCUGUGUUUGCGUGAUGAUUUUAUGGUUACUUUAUUAUUAUUUGACUGCUGACUUUGAUUAUUGGACAUCGCGCGGAAUUAAUGGACCGAAACCGAUUCCAUUUUUCGGUAACAUUGCCGAAUUCAUGUUGGGAAAAAAUUGCUUAGGCAAUUUUUAUAAAAAGAUUUACGAUCGAUAUACAAAAGAGCCUAUGGUAGGUUUAUUUUUGAGAGGAAAUCCCGCACUUAUGUUGAGAGAUCCUGAUUAUAUCAAGCAAGUACUAAUUAAGGACUUCACUGUCUUUAGCGAUCGGGAUGGAAAAGUUUAUGAAAAGGCCGACCCCAUGUCCAUGCACCUCUUCAGGAUCGACGCUGCUAGAUGGCGACCAUUAAGAAUAAGGCUCUCGCCCGUCUUCACGUCCGGAAAGUUGAAGGACAUGUUUCACUUGUUGCUGAACUGUUCCGACCACUUCGAAAAGUAUCUGAACGAGAUAGUGCCCAAAGACGGAAUCGUCGAGUGCCGGGAUCUAACGUCCAAAUUCACAGUCGACGUGAUCGGAUCAUGCGUCUUCGGCAUUGAGAUGAACGCGUUAAAAGAAGAGAAUAAUCAAUUUCAAAAAAUGGGUCGUAGGAUCUUCCGUAACACUCUAAAGUCCUUCCUUAAAAAUAUCUUGAAAGAAAUACCGUGGCUCUACCAGCGUAUCGGAUACAUCUUAGACGAUCAUGUCGUGACCAAGUUUAUGACGAAUCUUACCCGGGAAACCAUAGAAUACAGGAAGCAGAACAACAUACGCCGGCACGAUUUCAUUGAUACCCUUAUUGAUUUCAAGGAUAAUCCCGAGAAAUUGGGUAUUAACCAUAUAACUGAUGAACUUGUUGCUGCUCAAGCGUUUGUAUUCUUCGCGGCUGGUUUUGAGACAUCCUCCACUACGAUGUCCAACGCGAUGUAUGAACUGGCGAAGAAUCAAUCAAUUCAAGAAAAAGUUCGAGAAGAAAUCAAAGACAUCCUUAAGAGUAGUAACGGUGAAAUAUUGUACGACGAUAUUAAGAAGAUGAGUUAUUUGGACAAGAUCUUUCAAGAAACUCUUAGGAAAUAUCCACCAGUAAUGUAUCUUACGAGAAAACCUCUACAAGAUUAUGUCUUUGAAGAGACUAAAAUCACUUUAAGAAAAGGAUUAAGAGUAAUAAUACCCAUUUAUGCUAUUCAAAAUGAUCCGAAUAUUUAUCCAGAUCCGGAUGUUUUUGAUCCUGAACGAUUCAGCGCGGAAAAUGUAAGCCAGAGGAAUGCCAUGCAUUAUUUGCCCUUUGGAAACGGUCCAAGAAACUGUAUCGGUGCAAGGUUUGCUAUUAAUCAGACCAAGGUUGGUUUAAUCAAAGUCCUGAUGAAUUAUAAAAUAGAUGUUUGUGAGAAAACUCAGAUUCCUGUUCUCGCUCCUUUGAGCUCUUUGAUGUUGCAAACAACUCAUGGUAUAUAUGUAAAAUUAACCAAGUUUACGUAACAAGGUAAUUACGAUAUGAUAUAAUUUGUAUUUACGUAUUCAUAUUAUCAUUUAAUAAAACGAUGCAAAACGACAUUAAAAAAUGUUAUUACGUUUCACUGUAAAAAAUAUUAUUUGUUUCACUGUAAUAUUUACUUGUUCCAUCAUCGUCUGUAUGUUAUAUCAAGUCAAUAAGAAAAUAUUUAUUAAAAAACUUAGAUAUAACUUAGAUAUCGAAUUAGAAAUUUCUUAUAACACAAUUAAAUGACUAUAAUCAAUUUAGCACAGAUAUAUUUAAAUAUUCGCACAAUCUGACUCUAAAGGAUUUCAUUUUUUUUUUCAUCUAUGAAUCUUGUUCAUUUGUUAAUAUGAAUAAUACGAAUAAACUUUUUUCGCGUUCUUUUUACGUAAUCAUAAUUUUAUAAAUUUUUUAUAUGAAAAUAAAAUUAUCGUAUAUUGAUUUGACAUCUAUGCAAUACUAUUCAGUAAUAUUAAGAAAGACUAAUUGUAAGAAAAUUUAUGCAAUAUUUAUGCAAUAUUAUUAUACAAUAAUAUAAAUGUAACAAUAUGAAAAAGAUAAAUAAAAUUAGAGAAAUAAAAUUAAGUAAUAAUUCAAAGUGCAAUGUUUAUUUUAGCAAUAUUGUUUAUGUAUUGCUGUACUGUAUGUAACUAUCAAUUGCUAAUGAUAAUAAUUACAUAAAUGAACAGAAGAAGAUAAUAUGUUUAACUCAUUAAUCUUUAUCAUACUCUCGUUUUUAUCACAACGAAUGUAGGACGCAAAAUGAAAUUACAAGUGUUAAUUGAUUAAACAACGCAAGAAUAUACAA